AUGGAAAAUUUCAUAGAAGAUACGAAAGCCAGAAAUGAUAUAGAUGCUAUUUUGGUUCUGGAUAUAAAUUCCAAUGAGUUAAGUGAUGAAUUCCAGUUUGAAAUGGCAUUGAGAGCUCUUCCAAUUAGUUGGAGAGCUCGAGUCCUGAAUAAAAAAAUUGAUGCCGACAGAAAGAGAACACUUUGUAAUAGAUUGCUUCAGCUAUUUGGGUGUUCAACUAUAAGCGGUAUACCAAUUAAAUCUCUGCGAUUUGGUUCUAUUGAAAAUGGUAAACCGAUAUUACUACAGCAAGACGACGACAAUAUUACGUUUAGUAUGACAAAUGGAGAAAAUUAUGUAGCAAUGUUUUUAAAAAGAACAACAUGUGGCCCAGCUCCAUAUAUUGGAAUAGAUCUUGCAUCUGUGAAAGAUUUGAAUGAUCCAAAUGAUCUGAUUUUAUUUCGAGAUAUUUUUAAUCUUGAAGAAUACACUACAUUGCGAAAUGCUUCGAAGGAAAAUGUCCAAGAAUUAUUUGCAUAUUACUGGUCUUUCAAAGAAUCAUAUACAAAAUAUACUGGUACGGGAAUCUCCUGUGAUUUGAAAGUAAUUGGAGCACAGGAAUUACAAAAUUUCGAUUCUUUUAAAAAAAUUAACAGGGUGAUUGAAAGUAAGUCAAUGAUUUUUUACUCGAUAUGGCUCAAUGGUCCUUUCAAGGAAAUUCUCACGAUUUGUGAGCAAGGAAUUUCAACAAAAUAUAUAGCGCCUACAGUAUAUAGGCUAUCAUUAAAAGAUAUAUUAUCGUAUUUAUAA